UUAUAUGCAAACUUUUGUUGCUGAAGCUUUCUUUGAACAAAUUCGGGUUGAUUUAGAGAAUCAGACAGAAAAGGCGUUAAGUGGGACUGAAUUAUGGGCAACAGUUUGUGAAGUACCUGGUUGUCCUGUGAAAGUGCUAAAUAGUUGUGUUCGAAUAGCGGAGUUGUGUGAACAAAUUAAUGAUUAUAUUACAAAUAUGGAACUUUAUGCUCUCAGAUUUGCUUCUUUUUGGAUAUUAAUUCUUGAACAUUUUAUCAAAGCAGUAUCUGAAAAAUAUUCUCAAAUAACAAUGCUUCGACAACCCCAAGGAGAUGUUUUAGUUGAAUAUCCUAAAUUAAGUGCUGCUUGGGUUGUUGAUGAGGAUAUUGCCCGUUUAUUAAAAAGUUUGCCAAGUUGGACUGCUGUUCAAAAUUCUUUAUUUUCUUCUUCAUCUGAACAAAUUUCAACACCUUUUGGCACUUCUUCAAGUCUUUUUGGAUUAAUUGAAAGUGAACAAGAAAUUAGAGAAAGAACACAACGCGAAUCUGAAAUUUUAAUUGGAAAUUUGGGAACCCAAAAACAAUUAAAACAAAAUGAAUUAAUUACUUCUCUAGAUAAUAUUAAAAUUUUGGCUUAUUUGCAUGAAUCACUUCAAUGGUUUAUUGGAAGAAUUAAAGAGCUUCUCUCUGGAUUAUCUCCAAAAGCCAAAGAAUUAACAAAAACUCGAAUACAAAUAAGUACAGCUGAUGGAGUUCUGUUGGAGCAGAUGCUUUGUGAUGCAAUAAAUGAUCGAAUAGGAACUUUAGAGAAAUUAUCUGAUAGUAUUUUAUUAGUACUUCAUUUGGAAUUGCGUUUUCAUUGUUUUUUCCAUUUAUUACCAAUUACUAUAAAUCAAAAUUCUUCAACAAUAUUUACUCAACAAGAAGAAAUGGACAAAGACGUUAUGGAAUUUGGACGUGAUUUGACACAAUUACAUUCAAUUUUACAAUCAAAUCUUAGUGGAUGGAAAUUAAAAUAUAUGUUUGAUGGUUUAGGUUAUUUGUGUUCUUCAAUUUUUAUUCAUUCUUGUCAUUCAGUCAAUAAACUUUCUGAAAUUGAACAUAAAAGAAUUUGUAGAGCUAUAUUUACUGUUCAAAAAUAUUUAAGUCAAUUAUCGGGAAGGCCAGAAACAGAUAUGCAAAGAGCACAAAUGUUUUUUGAAUUUUUAAACAGAGAUCUUGAUCAACUUUUCUCUACAAUAAUUGAACGUGGUGCUACAUUUUCUUUUGUUGAAUAUUCAAUUCUUUUGGCUUUAAUGAUACGUUCACACCCGCAAUUACAUUCACAACCCGGUGCAUUGGAAACAGCAACAAAACAACUAAGAGAAAUUCUUACUCAAAGAUCUAAUCAACAUGAAAAAUAA